AUGUUGUACAGAGAGCGUCGAUCUUGGACAGAAGAAGAGGAUCAACUCUUACGAGAUGCAGUUGACUUGGAAGAGCCAGGCUCGAUCAACCCUUCAAAAUGGCAUGCCAUUGCUAAGCAUGUACCCAGUAGAACGAACAAAGAUUGUCGUAAACGCUGGUUUGCAAAAAUGGCGUCCGAUGUAGUCAAGGGUGGAUGGGCUCCGGAAGAGGACGAAAAGCUUGUUCAAGCCAUUGAGAAGUACGGAACUAGAUGGUCUUUAGUUUCUGCAUAUGUGCAAACGAGGAACAGUGAUCAAUGUGCCAAACGUUGGACAGACACUCUGAAUCCCAUGAUAGACCGUACACGAUGGUCUGCUGAAGCAGAUGCGUUGCUUCUGAACGCUGUCCAAGAGCAUGGCAAACUCUGGACAAAGAUAGUGCGGAUCUAUUUUCCGGGGAGGACGGGACUCGCCGCAAAGAAUCGGUAG